AUGGGCGACCCGGGGUUUGCAGAACUUGACUCCGUUCAGACCGGAGAGCGGGUUGCCGGAUCAUGGAAGUGCCAAGAUCCUAAGCUUGCCUUAGCGCCUGAGGCAGUAACAAGUGCGGAUCGGUACAGAGAUCGGGAACAAGUCGAUAUUGUUGUUCGAGGUCUGUCGUCGCAUCUCCGUCUCGCGCUAUCAGAGGGCAAAUUCUACCUCCACGGGCGGGCUCCGUUGAUCGCUGUGGCCCUUUGUGAUCUACCUCGUUGUCCCUCGAGCUAUCUCCCCGCAUUCCUGCAUCUCGCCUCCGACAUGUCAUCGCCCAACCCCGCGGCAGCUCGUCCUGCUCGCCCUGUUAUGCGACAGAGGUUCUCCAGCAGCUCCUUCAUCCAGGAUCACCAGCAGUACAAGGCCCCCGCCCCUGUCACCCAGACAAUUGGCAAUGUACUCGAGAAUGCCAGCGAGUCGAGUCCCUCACCUAUUCCUCGCACCGCGAACCCCAUCUCCCCGGAUCCCAAGAAGGUGACCGAUAGUGGUAUCGUCCACAGCAUCUUCCAGCACCGAGAUGGCAUCCUCCCUCUUGGAACACCAAGGUUGGUUGCCACAAUUUACUACAAGUCUUCCGAGCCAGUGCACCCGCAUCUUCAUCCCGAUUCCUCUCCUCAUGCGCGUCCUGGAGAUAAACUUCCUCACCCUAUGGUACCUGUCGGCUCCGCGCCAACCAUAGAUAUCGAGAAACUGCCACGCGAGCCUCCCGCACCAGAACCCGAACCGCUGGAUCACUUGUACGGCCCUUACGUGUCACAGCUGUGCUUGACCAACUUCCUCCAGAUUAUUGAAUCACUCCCAAUUCCGCAUCAGCGUAUGAAUACCUCACACCGCUGCCUCGAUACGCAGGAACAUCCCCGCGUUGUUGAAGUCACAUUUGCUCCUCCCCCGAACCCAGAGUAUCUUAGCUUCGAAGACCUCCGAAAGCAUGAGAGCAUAUGGCGAUUUGAGAGGGAGUGGAAUGUUGAGGUUGUGCUACAGAAAGAGAGCGCCUUCCGUAGGCACAAGCGCUUGGUUGUUUUUGAUAUGGAUAGCACUCUGAUCAAGAACGAGGUUAUUGAUGAGAUCGCCAAGUUCAUUGGUGUUGAGAAGGAAGUUUCCGAAAUUACGGAGAGAGCCAUGAACGGCGAGCUCGACUUCUCCGCGUCCUUGAAAGAGCGUGUUGGCUUGCUAAAGGGGGUUCCUGCAGACGUCUUCGAGAAGCUGAAGUCUGUCAUCACCAUCUCCCCCGGAGCCAAGGAACUGUGCAGAGCUCUCAAGAAGCUUGGCUGUAAGCUGGUUGUCGCCAGCGGAGGAUUCCAACCACUUGCCGAAUGGCUAGCUGGUGAACUGGGCCUUGAUCACGCCUUCGCGAAUCAUCUUGAAGUUGAUCCUGCAUCCCAUACGCUGACGGGCAAGCUCGUCCCUGCACACCCAAUCAUUGAUGCCAGCCAGAAACGCUCUUUGCUUCAGUCUAUUGCUGCAGAAAAUGGCAUUGACAUUGCGCAGACUGUCGCCGUCGGCGAUGGUGCUAAUGACUUGCUUAUGCUUCACGCUGCUGGACUCGGUGUCGCAUGGCGAGCCAAGACCAAGGUGCAACUCGAGGCACCUACGCGCAUCAACGGCGAAAGCCUAGUGGAUAUUCUUUACCUUCUUGGAUUCACUGAUGAGGAAAUCCGAGAGCUCACUGCCUAA